AUGGCAGACACUGAAAAGAGCGAUCUAUGCAUGCCGGCCCCCCCGGCCAAGGCCAUUGUCAUAGAUCAUGGCAAAGCCAUCGCCCCAGAUUCUGAACAGAUCAUUGUCAUAGACCAUGACUUGGCCAUUGACCCAGAUCUAGAAAAGGUCAUUGAAAAUGAAUCUUCCCAGAAGGUCUCAUUCAAUGGCCCCGAGUCUCCUGGUGUGAUUGAUCUAGAAGCUCAGCCCAUAGAGCCCCGACGGAAGCGGUUUGCGCACUUCAGAUAUGUCAUGUUUACUGUCUAUCGACGGCUCUUCACGGUCGUAUUUUGCGCAAAUCUCGCAGUUUUCCUCUACGUGAUGAUCUCUGAUCGGCAGCUUCUGGCACUUGUCGAUGCGACGGCUGUAAAUUUGGUGGCAUGUGGUCUGGCUCGACACCCGAUGAUGGUCAAUGCCAUAUAUAGAGCGGUAUGCUCAAUUCCUCGAACUGCACCCCUGUCUUUACGCCGCAGGUGCGCUAAGGCUGCACACUACGGUGGUGUUCACAGUGGCUGUGGCACUGCUUCUUUGGUGUGGUACAUUGGAUUUGUUGCCAUGCUGUCAAAAAUGUAUUGGACAAAUUCUCCCAUCAGCACAGAAACAGAUGCCGGUUUCUCAGCCGCGCCGAUCGCCGUCGCCUACAUCAUUCUUGUGCUGCUUUUCGUGAUGGUAGUUGUGGCAUAUCCCACCUUCCGAAGGAGAAUGCAUGACUACUUUGAGCUCACUCACCGAUUCACCUCAUGGCUGAUCCUUGCUCUCUUCGUGGCCUUAGUUAUGAUAUUUGCCCAUGAAUCGAGCAAGGCAGAGCAGGUCACUCUUGGCCACUUCCUCGUCACUCUACCUGCAUUUUGGCUGUUAAUCGCGGCUAUCGUCGCCGUAGCCCAUCCAUGGCUACUAUUGCGGAGGGUUCCAGUGAAGGCCGAGCCACUGUCUUCGCAUGCUGUACGGCUAUCCUUCGAUUUCACCCCAAUCAGCUUCGCAAAAGGUGUCCAGGUCUCAAAGCAUCCUCUACGCGACUGGCACAGUUUCGCCGGCUUUCCGGACCCCAUUCCAGCUGGCGAGAAGACAGCUGACAAGAAUGCGUCUGGCAAGAAACCAUUUGUCAAGGGCCACGGGCACAAGAGGAGCUGGUCCAUCGUGGUGUCAAAAGCAGGGGAUUGGACGGCCGAUACCAUCCGUGAACCGCCAACCCACCUUUGGAAGCGCGGGGCUCUGAUGCGUGGUGUCGGAUAUGGCCUGCGCGUCUUCGACCGCAUUAUCAUAGUGACCACGGGGUCCGGGAUAGGACCCUGCCUCGGGUUCCUGGGCGACAAAAACCGGCCGUUGAUCAAGGUCAUUUGGCAGACACGUAACCCCUUGAAGACUUAUGGUCAGGGUGUCAUUGAUCUCGUCCAUGAGAUGGGCCCAGACCCAAUUAUCUUCGAUACCAGUCGUGAUGGCCGUGUUGACAUGCUUCCCGUCGUGCGACAGCAAGUGAAGGAAUUCAGAGCAGAGGCAGUGUUUGUGAUCAGCAACCCCAAAAUGACUCAAGAUAUUGUUUACGAGUUUGAAUCCCAAGGGAUUCCAGCCUACGGGCCAAUUUUCGAUUCAUGA